AUGGCGGCGGGGACCCUCGCCCCCCGCCCUCCCGAUUCCCUGCAGGAAUUCCAGUACCCCCCCCAAAACAGCCCCCCCCCGGCCGGGGGGGUGCCCCCGGCCACCGACCUGGUGCUGGGGGCCACGGCCGGCUGCCUGGCCUGCUUCCUCACCAACCCGCUGGAGGUGGUGAAGACGCGGCUGCAGCUGCAGGGCGAGCUGCAGCCCCCGGGCACGUACCCCCGGCCCUACCGCGGGGUGCUGCGGGCGGCCGUGGCCGUGUGCCGGGCGGACGGGCUGCGGGGGCUGCAGAAGGGGCUGGCGGCCGGGCUGCUCUACCAGGGGCUCAUGAACGGCGUCCGCUUCUACUGCUAUUCCCACGCCGAGGACGCCGGCUGGACCGGGUAUCCCGGCGGGACCGUGGCCGCCGGGGCCGUGGCCGGGGCGGUGGGAGCCAUCGUGGGCAGCCCCGCGUACCUGGUCAAGACCCACCUCCAAGCCCAGACACUGUCGGCCAUGGCCGUGGGCCACCAGCACAACCAUGAGAGCAUCUCCGGCGCUUUCAAGAGCAUCUACCAGCAGCACGGGGUGGUGGGGCUGUGGCGGGGCGUGACGGGCGCCGUGCCCCGCGUGGCCGUGGGCUCGGCCGUGCAGCUCGCCACCUUCGCCUCGGCCAAGGACUGGGUCUGCGAGCGCCAGUGGUUCAGGAAGGGCAGCUGGGCGGCGGUGCUGGCGGGGGGCAUGGUGAGUGGUGUGGCUGUGGCUGUGACAAUGACACCUUUUGACGUGAUCAGCACGCGUCUCUACAACCAGCCGGUGGACGCCGACGGCACGGGCAAGCUCUACCGAGGUUUUUUGGAUUGUAUCCUGCAAAUCUCCAGCAAAGAGGGGCUGCUGGGCUUGUACAAGGGCAUCGGCGCCGUCUACCUCCGCCUCGGGCCCCACACUGUCCUCAGCCUCUUCUUUUGGGACAAGCUCAGGAACAUGGUUCAGCACUAGCAGCCCCCAGGGCUGUAGGACAGACUCCUGCCACCACCACCGAUGUUAAUAAAGAGGUUUUUCUA